GACAGUGAAUAAGAAGUUCUUGUUGUUUUAAUUUCUUUGGCUUUUUACCCUAUGAAGGAAUAAUUUUUGUAAAUUUAUCAAAUUAAAAAUGGAUCUUGUUUACAGCACUGUUUGGGACACCGAAAAAAAGCCACAGAGAAGAGAUUUAUGCGGAAAAGUAGCUGUUGACUGGUCUAACAGAAACCUGAUUGUGUUCUCUACUGGUUAUAAAAACAUACAAAAUAAUGAUGAUAAAAGUAAAAAGAAGUAUUUGAAUAAUGCUAUUCAUAUUAUUGAUCCAGACUGCCCAUGGGAAACAUAUAGUUUUGAAUCAAAACAUAAUGAUAUCAUACAUCAAGUUUUGUGGCAUAGUUCUGGUUCCAAGCUUCUUUCUGUAGACAUAGCUGGACAAUGCUGUGUUUGGACAAUGAAGGACUAUCUAAUAAAUGACUGGCAAUGUGAAACUAUGGCUAAUGUUGGGGAAGGAGAACAUCUUGUGUCUGUUUCAUGGAUUGAUAAUGGAAUCAAGGUUCUGUAUACUCCAACAGAUGAACAUAUUGCUAUGAAUAAGAAAUCAUUUGAGGAACAGUUCAAGUCAGUUUGUGUAACAACAACAAAACCUGAAGUGAAAACAACCAGACAAAGUUUGUCAGCAGCACGCCAUCGCAUAGCAGUUGCUGAUUUGGCUUAUACCAACCAGGGCAAAGUCAUUGUGGCUGCAAAUGAUGGAGGCAAAUCUACAUCUGUUCAGUUUUACAGAGUGCAAAUUAAAGCUAUGCCAAAGUAUUCAUGUCAAAUAGAAACCUUUUCCUUGCCUUGCUUGUUCCCACAUUCAAGAAGUGAGCUUCAACAAGUAAAACAAURUACAGUUAGUGACAUCCAGUUCCUGUCUAAGAAUUCUGGUGAAAUUGUUCUUGUCUGCACUACUGGACCAUUUGGUACUUAUAUUAAAAGAUGGGACAUGAAGAAAGAAAAAGUAGARAAAUUUCAAAAGACUCCAUUUCGUACUCAAUCUGGUGUGCAACCAACAACAUUUAGAUGGUCAUGUUGCGCAUCUCACAUGGAYGGUGCUCAAAUGGUAUCCCUAGCGUUACCACGACUACCUUGUGGUACUGUGGAAACAUCACAGAUGAUGACGCUGCCUUCUACAGCCCUUGCUGUCAGUUAUGACGAUGACCGGAUUGAACUAAUCAACAGUCAUUCUCUUCUUAUUAUGAACAACCAGUUGAAAGCAUCCUCCCAAGCUAUUGAGCCAGUAAGCAAGAAGGCAAGAACAGCACAAGCUUCUUCAGGCUCUCACUUAAUUGGUAACAUGGCUGCAAUGCAUUUCUCUCCAUGCUGUUGUUGUCUCUUGGGACUUACUUUGGGUGGUGAUAUUUCUCUUUUCAAGUUGGUUCAUCAUUCARCAGAUGGCAUGGCUAUGAAUCGUAUGAAAAGAAGUUURGUGGAUUUACUGGAAUACUGUUUGGUUACUGGAUGGGAAUGGUGGGAUGUGUUAUUGGUAGCUCAUCUCGGCGCUCCAACAGACACAGCUGAAUCUGUUCUCAAGCAAUUAUUCGAUGAAUUCAAUCUGCAACAACAACAACUUAUCCAGCAGUACAACUCACCUCAGCAGCAUGUGUUAAUUCCUAAAAUGAUGGCGUUAAAAGCUAGUCUCUACAGGUGUAUGAAGGAUGGUUCAGGUCAAGCAAUGGAUUGCUAUGCAGCACAGUUUCUUUAUGCAGUCGCCAUGUUGUUCAGAUCCCUUCCUUCAUGCUCGCACAGCACCAUGGAACUCCUAACAAAAACUUGUACUCUUGGAAGACCGUCAGAGAUGGACAUCGACAAGUUCAUUGGACCCAGUGAUGCCAAGGAGUAUGCCGUGGAAGCUGCAACUCUCACAGCCGUGCGGGAUUUGAUUCAUUGGAUUACAGACCUUGCCAUGUUUAUCAUCGCUGCGUUUACUACUCAUCAUGGUAAAGACUCAGUUCCAGGGGUAAGCCUUGGUCGUAACCAUGAAGUGCUUGGAAUUCUGAAAGAGAUGCUGAUUUUGAUUCGUCUGUGGGGUCAAACGAUGCCWUCUAUAGUACCUUCCAUAACACCUUCAGCAGACAAGAAAGAUUCCCUGGCUUUGCUUUUCAAAAUUAUCACCAAGAUGUGGAUUCAUUGCAAGCAGUCUUCAGAAGGACAAGAAUUUGAAGACAGACUUGCAGCUGAGGCUUCUCCACUUCUACCAAACCAACUUUUUACUCUCAAUAUGAAGGCACCAAACUUAAAUAGAGGGGUAACUGGAAAGCCAGUYAGUGGACCWGUCAAGCCWGUUAUAUACCAGUUUAACAACAAACCAACCGGUUCUAGUGUGUGUCACAGSUAUCACCCAUUCGCAUCAGCUGUCCUUCCUGUUGCACCAGAAAGYCGUUAUUACAUAGAUGUAAUUAGAAGAGUAUUUGUUGAUCCUGAUGUCCGGCUCAGACAGUGCACACGAUGUAGAGGUGUAUCGCAGCUAGGUGGACCAAUCAGCCAAAACUUGGUACUUAAAACAUGGGAACAAAGAUGGCUGAAGUCGUGUUAUUGUGGAGGAAGUUGGAAAAAAUUUAACAUAAACAAACAAACAUGACAUUUAAUCWCAGAUAUAUUGUAGCUAGAUAUGUAAAAUACUCGGUAGCCUCUCAUUGGACAGUAAAACAAGAUUUAGAUUGCUUA